GGCCAUUUUCGUGAGCUUCUCUCUUUCCUCCAAUCAAACUGAUAACGAUAUACUCUACUGCGAUAAGACAAAUCAGCGAUCAGUUUGAUGUCACUGAAGAAUGAUGAUCAUAUAGAAGGCGGGGUUUACCAAUCUCUUCAAUCUAGACGUGGGAUGCCGGACGAGGAUACAAUGGAACCCGCAGUGUUUGGUGAAGAUCGGCUACUGGUUGAUCUUGGAUGGUGUACGUUGACGCUUUCACAGCUGGGGUAUAUAUCGUUUAUGGGCAUCGGAAUCGCAUUACUUUGGCCAUGGAACUGCUUUCUCUCUGCAUCUGGCUAUUUCAUAGGCAAGUUUGGUGCCGAUUCCGCCCUUGGCCGUAACUAUUCAUCAACGAUGAUGACAGUGUCUACGUUGACCAGCUUAGCAUCGAAUUCUAUCCUUUCAACGAGGCAGUUUGCAAACUUUGAACGCCGUGUCAUGAAUGGGCUUAUUCUGAACGUGUCUGCUUUCUUAAUUCUGGCGUUUGUUGAACUUAUAGACCCAACACUGCAUUCUCCUUUUUACUUCACGGGGAUAAUGUUAUUGGUGCUGAUAAGCGCUGUCGGCACAAGUUUCCAGCAGAAUGGAUGUAUGGCGUUGGCAAAUGUGAAGGGCCCAGAAUAUGCACAGGCUGUGAUGGUUGGACAAGCUAUCGCUGGUGUCUUGCCCUCUCUAUCGCUACUGCUGAGUGAAUUGGUGUACUUAAGAGAUAACGAGAGAUCAUCAACCAGUAUCGUUCUAUACUUUGUGAUGACGAGCAUCAUAACCACUGUUGCAGGUCUUGUGUUCCAUAUAACACAUAAAAUGGAGGCACCCAUGGCAUUUGCCCCGGAUGAAGAGAAUAUAGAUUCAUCGCCGACUCAUGGAUACGUUCCUUUCAAGACCCUUUUCUCCAAACUGCAAUAUGUGGUUCUCACCAUUGUUUUUGUCUUCAUGGUGUCCUUAGUCUUUCCGAUAUUUGCUUCAAACACAACAUCUGUUCAUAAAGGGAAGAUCUUUGAUGAUGCCAUCUUUGUUCCGCUAGCAUUUUUCAUCUGGAACUGUGGUGAUUUCACAGGCAGAGUGCUAUGUGGAUAUGUGCCCUUUGUCAUUUCCAACGACGUUAAGAUCUUUGCCUAUAGCAUUCUGAGAGUCGUGCUAGUGCCGUUACUGUUGAUGUGCAACAUCGACUCAAGCGAUACUCCAAUCAUCGCAUCUGAUACAAUUUAUUUGCUUUUACAGUUCUUCUUUGGUGUUACAAAUGGACACUGUCUGAGCUGUGCAUUCAUGGCUGUCCCAUUAUACUGCGAUGAGAACGAAAGGGAAGCAGCCGGUGGGUUCACAGCUGUUUUCCUGUCCCUGGGAUUGUUGUUAGGGUCGGUAUUCAGCUUCCUCUUUGUCCCCUUAGUUGGAUGAUCUGUACGGUUAUUGAUAUUCAUUCAUUACUGAGAUGUUACGCAAUGAUUGACUUGUCGAGUU